CCUUAGCAAAGAGCGCGGGGGUCCAGUUAGCCCCACACGCCUCAGCGGCUCGCGGCCCCCGCCUAGGGUCUCCUCUGGCCGUAUCAGCGCGCGCUGCCCCCAGGCGCCCCCGCACGCGCUACGUCCGUGCGGCUCCUUCCCCCCUCCCCCAGCCGAGCCAGGGCCGGCCCAGACCUCGCGCCCGAUGUGCAGGCGGGCACGUCCCCGCUCGGGCUCCGGCCGCGCGUGCGCCGCCCUCCUGGCCGCACGUCAGCCGCGGAGCCGUAUUUAUAGUCGCCGCCUCGCCUCCCGCCCGCGCUAGUGCAGGGGCGCGGUGGGCAGCAGCAGCAGCAGCAGCAGCAGCAGCGUGCCGGCCUCGCUAGCUCCGUCUCCCAGCACUACAAGAUGUCUGUUAAGGAACUUCUCAUUCAAAACGUUCACAAAGAGGAACACAGUCAUGCCCACAACAAGAUCACUGUGGUUGGGGUUGGCGCAGUUGGCAUGGCUUGUGCAAUCAGCAUCCUGAUGAAGGAUUUGGCUGAUGAACUUGCCCUUGUUGAUGUCAUAGAGGACAAGCUGAGAGGAGAGAUGCUGGAUCUCCAGCAUGGCAGUCUCUUCCUUAGAACACCAAAAAUUGUCUCUGGCAAAGACUACAGUGUGACCGCACACUCCAAGCUGGUGGUUAUCACAGCUGGCGCGCGCCAGCAAGAAGGAGAGAGUCGUCUUAACUUGGUCCAGCGCAAUGUGAACAUCUUCAAAUUCAUCAUUCCCAACAUUGUCAAGUACAGCCCUGACUGCAUGCUGCUUGUUGUAUCAAAUCCAGUUGAUAUUUUGACCUACGUGGCCUGGAAGAUCAGCGGCUUUCCUAAACACCGUGUUAUUGGUAGCGGCUGCAAUCUGGAUUCUGCCCGUUUCCGCUACCUCAUGGGAGAAAGACUGGGUAUCCAUUCUCUAAGCUGCCAUGGGUGGAUAAUUGGAGAGCAUGGAGAUUCUAGUGUACCUGUCUGGAGUGGGGUUAAUGUUGCUGGUGUUUCCCUGAAGGCUCUGCACCCAGACCUAGGAACUGAUACAGACAAAGAGCACUGGAAAGAAGUCCACAAACAGGUGGUGGACAGUGCCUAUGAGGUGAUCAAGUUGAAGGGAUACACAUCAUGGGCUAUUGGUCUCUCUGUGGCAGAUCUAGCUGAAACUAUUAUGAAGAACCUAAAGAGGGUUCACCCAAUUUCUACUAUGGUUAAGGGCAUGUAUGGAAUACAUGAUGAUGUCUUCCUAAGUGUUCCUUGUGUGUUGGGAUAUGGUGGCAUUACAGAUGUAGUAAAGAUGACUCUGAAGAGUGAGGAGGAAGAAAAGCUAAGGAAGAGUGCAGAUACACUUUGGGGAAUCCAGAAGGAACUGCAGUUUUAAUUCUUAUGUCCUAGAACUUCACUUCACUAUACAACAGUAUAGUGGACUUGUCUGUUGCACUUUUCAAGUAGGUCAUGUCCUUUGAUGUAGGUACUGACUAGAAACAUGUAACGUUAAAAGCUAUGAACAACUCAGUUUCCUGAAAUUAGAGUAGGAAACUGUUCUGUGGCUAUUCCUAGUCACCAAAACCUGUAAUUUGUAGCCAGAGGUGGAUCACAACCUAGUAAUUUACUGUAAAGUUGUCUAAAGGAGAUCUAGCACUCCUUGUAAAACAGUACUGCCUAGCAAAAUCCCCUGCUUUUUUCCUCAGUUUAAUGUCAGUUCAGAAGAAUAUAAUUGGUUUCACAACUGUGUAAUAAAUGUAGAGACCAAAGUAUUUUUUUGUAUUACAAAAAGGAUGGGGGCAAACCAACGCUGACCAACUUUCUCUGACUGAUAGAUUAAAGAUCUCAACUUGUUCCAGGUCCAAAUGUAUUUUCCUAAUUGCUUUGGAAUCUCUGUGCAUACCUUUUCCAGAGAACUUAAUUUUUGUGUAUGAUAUUGGAAUAGCUGUAAAUCUGGUUCCUUAAAAUGUAAAAACCAGGACUGCUGUAUACAACAAGUAAAGGGCACCGCAAGCGUUCAACUGUACCAGCCCUAACACCAAAUAAACCAACUGCUA